ACAACAUAGACUGUGGGUUUACAACGAGGAAAGCGGAGACACGAUUACAAUGAAUUUGUAAAUAAAAUCAAACAAAUCUUGUAGAGACAUGAGACUCGCUUUAUACGCGUUUUGCGGCGUUGCUUUUGGGCUUUUGCUCGUGGGUUUGCGGGAAUUAUUAUUUGGUUUCGGGGAGAACCGAUGCAGCAUGACAUACAUGUUCGAGUACCCAGAAUACCGACGUGUGCAGCUUCCGAAGCGUGUUGCGCGCCAGUACCCAUCAUACGGGCUGUAUCUGUAUGGAGAGGGCGCAUAUGCUCAGGAGACCAGAGGACUCAAGCUCACUGGUGCUCCUGUACUCUUCUUGCCUGGGAAUGCGGGCAGCUACAAGCAAGCUCGUUCUCUGGGUUCAGUGGCAUUGAGGAAGGCUGAGAACCUGGACAGGCGAAUCCAUAUGAACGUGUUCACCAUCGACUUCAACGAGGAGUUGGUGGCCCUGUAUGGGGGCAGUUUGCGCAGACAGACUCAAUUUCUACAUGAAAGCAUCAAAGCCAUCUUGCGCCUUUACAAGGACCGUCCAGACCCUCCCACUGGUGUGGUUCUGGUGGGUCAUUCCAUGGGUGGAGUGGUGGCAAGAGCGUUGUUCACCCUGGCACGUUUCAACCCACGCCUGGUCAGCUUCAUCAUCACCCAGGCCUCACCCCACCAGGCACCUGUCCUGUCUCUGGAUCCUUAUAUACUGGAGUUUUACUCUACAGUCAGGCAUCGCUGGGCCACAAAUGCUGAAGACCUUCGAAAUGUAACCGUUCUCUCUGUGGGUGGUGGUUACCUUGACUUCCAGGUGCGCUCUGGUUUGACAGCACUGUCCUGCCCCAUUGAUGACCUCAAUAAGAUGUCAGUAGUGGCGACUGCAGUUCCCCGAACCUGGGUUUCCACAGAUCACAUUUCCAUCGUUUGGUGCAAGGAGCUGGUUCUGGCCACAGUCCGGGCGUUCUUCGACCUUAUUGAACCUGAAACAGGGCAGUUCACAGAGAGUCCUGAGAAGCGAAUGUCAGUGCUGAACUAUCACUUCUUUAGACAUCCAGUGCUGCAGCCUGGAGGAGCACAGGAUGCCCCUUUCACUUUCUCUGCUCCUGAGGCGUGGAAGGAGGUCAACGCACUCCGUCUGUUCUACAAUGCCCCCAAGGAAGCUCAAGUCAUGUACUUCCUGUUUGCCCUCUCCAGUCGAAGGAAAGCCUACAGUCAUUUCCACUGCCGCAGUAAUAAUAUGGAAAUGACCAGCUGGCUGUAUGGCUGUACACAGAUGAGUGGCUCGAUGUGUGUUCAGGCAGUAGAUCUCUCACCUCAGACAGAACUUCUUCCAGCUUAUAAGGCUGUAACAGUAAAAAUCAGUGAGCUUUUGUCUGUUUCUCAUCUCAUCAUUGAUGCCUCGAACCCCAGUGGAGCACAGUUCGUAGUGGAGUGUGAGCUGCAGAGAGAAGAGAGCUUGACUGUCUCAGUGCAGGUGCCUCAUGUGCUGUCCUUUGGUCUGACUGUUAGUGACAUCAGCAUUAACUCCUCUGGGCUGCUUCAUACACUACAGCUGCAAGACUUUCAUCAGGUUUAUCAAGCUUUCAGAAUAACGAUCACGAGUCACUGCAAAGCCACUAAAGACAGACUGCCCAGUGUGUACAGACUGAGGGUACCUUGGUUUCGUGAAGACUCCUUUGAUACGGCAAGUAUUCCUUUGGUAUCUGACAUCUACAGCAUGCUUCACACCAGCCGCCCAGACAACGCCUCCAGUGCCCUCCUGCAGCUCCACACUGCCCCCAACUGCCAAUACAAGGUGUCUAUUCGGACUUCGUUCCCCAAAGUGCUUGGGCAGAUUCUGCGUUUCUGUGGUCCAGUUCUGCCUGUCUACUCAGCUGUAGUGCUUCUUCUGAUGAUCAGGGCUCAGCUGAGCUCCAUCAAAAGAUCUGGGCAUCCUGCUGGAAUCCAAGAGGGCAUGAGUAAAUCGUUACAGCUCCACAAACUGGAACUGCCCAUCCUCCUGCUGCUGCUGCUGCUCAGGCAGAGCUGGUUUCAGGAUGUCUGGUCCUCUCUGGGACUCCCUGCGGUGGAUUCUCUUCCUCUAAACUCUGUGGAGAACAUAUCCCAGGAUCCAAAGGCCUCUGUGCAGGAAUGGCCCCGUAUAGUGUCCCCACUGCUCUGUGUGCUAGGCUCAUCCAUUGCAUUUUGGGGUAGCACAGUCCUCAGAGUGUUUGUCUGCUUUCUGUCCUUUUUUCUUGCUCCACUGCACAGACCUUCAGUGUCCCGGUAUUGCGGCACGCUUCGUCUUCAUUCUCAGAUUCUCCUGAUUAUCUUUUUAAACGUGCUGGGAGGCAUCACAUGUGGAGCACUGGCUCUUAUGGUCUCCUCUCUUCUCCACCUCUACAGGGUGCUUAGAUUACAUAUGACAGAGAGGUCACUGAGCCACAUGUUGAACCUGGCGCCCCAGAAAGUUUCACAAAAAUCAGAAAAUGGUUUCCGUGCCAGUGAUGGUCACAGUAAGGUUAAAGAAUGUAACGGCAGCCCUCUACUGACAGAAUCAGUGCUACAAGAUGUCAGAGAUGAUCUGCAGCUCCACUUAAGUCUGUCCACACUGCUUACUCUUACCAUGAUGCUUAGCGUCCCUUCCCUUAUCCACUGGAGACACAAUCUCAGAUAUUGGGUUCAUCUGGAUCCUGACCCCUGCUGGCCUCACGUUGUACCCCUGCUCAUCAGCUCUGUUCUGCUCAUCAACUGUAACACAGAUACCCUCCUGCGCAGCAGACUGAUGCUGAAUCUGACGCUUCAUCUGCUGUUGCCGCUGUGUGUGGGAAUGCUGGCUUUUUGUCCGCUGCACAUUUACAGAGUCACUUAUUUCCUGUCUGCAGCUCUGACCCUCUUGGUCUGUUCUUGCUACUUUUGACCUCCCGAUGAACUUUAAACGUGAGUCUGCACUGAGAUUAAAACAAGACCUGGGCUUUGUAUCAAUUCAGAGCAGAUUAGACCAAAACCGCCUUAGAACCCUUUGUGUGUUCAGUGGGAUCACAUGGACUAGUGACAUCAGUGGACCAGCACAUCCGGAGUCAUGUGACAUGUCGUUUAUCAUCAUUUGUAGCUUCUGUACAGGGUAUUAUACUUGUUAAUGGUGGUAUGUCUGUAUUCAUGAGCAAUACCUCUUGUUCGUAAGGCUAGUUUCCCAGACACAUUAAGCCUCGGCCUGAAGACUGUAUUUAAUCAGCGUGUGAGAAACUAGCCUGUACUGGUGUGUGUGUGUGUUGUGCUGUGAGAUUGUAUAUGUCUGAUUUAGUAUUAAUUUGUCAACCUGAAGUCAUAAUUGAUAGGGAUACACAAUAUAUCAGUACCAUUUCAGUUGUCAGUGGAUAUGAGAGGUUUUUAAAAUAUUUAUUUAUUAAUUUAUCGGUAUCCGGUAUUUCUCUUUCUUUAUAUUGCGCAUUAUAAUUUCAGGAUGCCUAAAAUUCAUUUGUAGAAUUUCAGUUUUUAGUCAGUUAUUUUGAGCGAAUUCAUAAAAAUUGUAUAUCGUUUUAAU